UUAGACAGACAGCUGUAUUAUGACGUUUUAUGAUUGACUUGGUUGUACUUUUUAAAUUUUAUUUUAUUUAUGGAAUUAUACUUUGUUAAUGCAAUAACAUUACAACACUAUGAAAAAUGAAACAGAUUUUAAAACAAAAUUUCGUUUACUAAAUUCACAAGAAAACAACGAAGAAAUCAUUUGGUCCUGUAGUGAUUCAAGCGACUAUGAUAACUCAAAUAUAAAUGAAAAAAAUAAAAGCUUUUCGAGAAAACAUGUUCAUGGGAAAAGAAAACGUAAGCCGAGUAAGAAGGUUCUCAAAAAUAUUUCUAAUUUGGAUAUUACUAUAAUAGAUGGUACUCAGGACCAAUCCAUAGAAAAUGGUUACAAAUCACCCAUUCUUGGCCCAAGUAAUUCACUCAAAAAAGACAUAGACCAGGAAAAAAAUAAAAUUCAAUCAUCGAACAUCAAUGAAAGACAACCUCCUUCUCCUAUACUUGGCUUUAAAAACAAAAAACCUGGUAAAACAAGAUGUAAGAGUCCAAUAUUGGUUCCAAAAAUAGUCAGUAGUCCAAAUGUUAGUAAAAAAUUGUUUAAAGAUGAAUAUGGAAAGAAUACCAAAAGGAGGUGUACAUCACCAAUUCUGAGAAGUGUUCCAAAUGACAAAAAAACAUGUUUAGAAGUGCGUGAUAAGCAAAACAUUUCAAUUAAGAGUGAACUUUUAGAUAAAGAAUCAUCAGAACAAAACAAUUCAACUGAUCUACUCUGUAAAACUAAGUGUGAUGAUGAUUUAUCACUAAAAAACUCAGAUUUAAUUGUUAAAGUUAGAAAUUAUUUCACGAGUAAUUUUAGUUCAGAUUCUUUAUCCCAACUUUCUAUCAGUGAUUAUGCAACACCAAAAAAUAGUUCAAAAACAAGUGACGAAGUUGAAAUCUCCGAAAUAUCCCAAAAAUCAGGGCCUAUCCCAAUAGAAGGUUCUACGUCUACUAAUACAAAUAUGGAAUCAGAGUCCAAAGACAAAAAUAAAAAAAGCAAAUAUAAAAAAGAUGGAUUGGCAUAUCGCUUGAAUGAUUUACUAAAAAAACAAAAUGCAAAAAUUUGUCUAUGGCAGCAUGAAAGGUUUUUGGCGGCAAAUUCAAAUUUUGUUAUUCCAAAAGGUGCCUUCAUAUUGUUAAGAGUAAAGAAUGUUCACAAUAAAUUUGGAAGUUAUUUAAUAAGCGCUAUAAAUGACAAAGAUGAGGAAUUUCUUAUAUUAAUCAAUUAUCUGUAUUGUAAAGAUAAAAUAGAAUCAAAUGUGAUAUUUAAACUGUAUGAACCAUAUAAAGUAUUACCAUACAAUGAUCUGUAUAAAUUAAUUGUAAAUGUGUGUAAAUAUGAAUGCCUAACUUUUACUCCUUAAAUAAAUGAAAUCAAUUG